AUGCCGCUCAUCCUCCUCUGUGGCUAUCCGUGCUCUGGAAAGAGCACAGUAACUGCGCUGCUGGCAGGAUGUCUGCGCGCCCAGCGGCCCGACUACCAAAUUGAAGUGGUGAGUGAAGAAUCGAUAGCCGGAGCUCCAUCUGGCGGCACCGCCGUCGAUCCGCGGGUUGCCAUCUACACGGAUGCUAAUUUGGAGAAACAGUUGCGUGCUGAGAUCAAGUCGCAGGCAAGUGUGGACCUUUAUUUGUCGCACUUUCCUCUCAUUUUGCUCAUUUUCCUUCUCUCAUCUCCCACUCCAUUUUCCUUUUGAGCCUUGUCUCCUUUCUGUUAGUGUGACUAUCAAGAUUUUCAGUCAUACUGUUCUCCAUGUCAGCCAAACCCGGCACACAGAAACACACACAUUUAAUCACGCAUAAGGCUACGGAAGCCAGUAGCCUACAUGACACUGAUUGACUACUUGAUGUCAAGGCCAGUGUAACGGGACAUGGAAUAAAGACGGCCCUGGGAUGGGUCGGUGAUCACCUAUGUAUUACUGGUUUCGCUCCUUUUGCUUAUGCGAUGGAUAGGAAAGAGAGCAAGAUAUGACAGGAUAUACACGAUUUCCUCCGAGCGAGUUUAGUGAAUGUUCAGCUAUGAAUAUUCAUCUUUAGGUAUUGAUUUGUCAACCGACUCUAGUUCACUCUGGUGACUUUCCUAACUGUGAUCAAGAGAGCAUGUACGAGGAAAGAUAUCUUAAUAUUCUUAGCCUGUUAACCUGCGUUGCUACUUUUGUACCAUAAAAAUUUAGUGAUUUUUGCCGCGGUUCUUGUCGUUACAGCUGUUUCUACUUUGGAACCGCGUCCCAAAGUUGACUCUCGUUUUUUCUAGACAGAACGGGCUUUGACGGGUAAGAAGCCUAACAACACUAUCGUACUUGUGGACGCCAACAACUACAUAAAGGGCUAUCGCUAUGAACUGUACUGUACCGCCAAGUCGAUGCGUCACAAGCAGGCCAUCCUUCACUGCACCACGGGCCUGGACAAAUGCCGUGAAAUAAAUACUAAGGCAUGUUCAAAGUUUCAUGCUUCAAUGAGUGAAAUCUUCCUUGUUUUUUUAAUCAUCCUUCCUUAUCUGAUUGGCACAAUUCCCCGGUAUACGAAGCCGAAAGUCCGAUACCUUCAAUCAACCGCACGACGCUGUUUUUGUACGGAGCCAACCGACAUUUUGCUGUUUACUUGAUCGCUCCUCAGGUGACCAUAUGAAGUAAGUAAUCACGUCCAAAAGAUAUACAGACAACCGCAGGGAGACUUCAGUGACAAUUUUUGCCCUUGGAAAUGGCAUAUUUGCGAUGAUGCUACCCUUCUCAGGGCAGUACCGUUCAAAGUGCUCGAGGGCAAACUCUUUUGGGCUUGCGGCUGCAUGGAUCGAAUACAUUUUUGCAACCCCGUAUGCCACAAAUGAUGCCUAUGUGCUAGGCCUUCCAAAACCUCAAAAAUGCUCUUUGUCUUUUUUCAUCUCACUAAUCUAUGAGAUCCAACGGUUGAUCCCGAUUCUCUCGAAAGUUUGCCGAGCAUUUCAAAGAUAUGGAAGAAAAACCGCAAAAAUUUACGACAUUUGUGAUAUUAUCGUAGCAUCGGGCUCGUGGUUUUCCCACCUCUGCGCAGAAAAGCCAAGCCAUCGACCAAGUCUGUGUUGGCAGCCUGAUGCGCUGAAGUACUUCCACACCUUUUUUCAAGACUAGCUCAAAACUUUACCCACAAUGUCACCGGUUACAUAAGCAUAACGAAACAAGGCAACUUUCAGACGUCUCUAGCGGCAGUGAGUGCUGAGGGUAGUUACCCCUGGGCUUUGAUCCUACCCGACAGUUCGAGGGGCUUUUCCGACGAUGUCCCCCGUGCGCUUCGCAUCAUGGUAAGAGCAGGGACCUGACCUGUGCGUGAAUUAGUUUAUAGUGAUAGUAGACUUGCACAGCACCUGCUGCACUUUCUCUUCCCCACUCUCCACCUGGACCCGGUGUCAAGAAGACCGGAAGUGGAAAAGGGUGCAGGUGGCUGGCGCGGCCGGACCCGCACCUAGGCGUGCCACCACACCCCUGGUCAAAAGCACACACAUAACCAGGCUUUUUCACCAACAACAACACGUCGACAGGUGUCAGAAGGACGACGAUGACUGGUAGUCAUGCCCACCACCUGUAUACCCAACGAGAGCACAAGCGCAUCUACCGGUAGGGAACCAGGUGUCAGGAAACUACCAGUGCAUACCAGGCUGCGAGGGCCAUGAUAUGCUGAUACCGGCGUAGCACACGCUUGCAGACCUUUUAACCUAGGAGAGCGACACCUGGUCCUGCAUUUAGCCUGGGCCGUUACCCUUUAAGGUUGGGUAACCAAACGGUCGUCGACUGAGAGGCACUAUCCAUGCACGAGAGUGUCACAGAUCGCUCGAGAAGGGGCCGUGACAACCUGGCUCCCAGCCCAUCAGUCCGCCACACCACACAAGCACACGCAUAACUGGACAGACUGCGUAGACUGAGUUGGGGCGUCAGUCCGAGCCACGUCGCUCGACGCACCGUCUUCAACUCAGCAAGGGAGCUGCAUGCUGAAGGAGCCGAGACGCAGACUUCCCACUUUCGUGGGAGGUGGCAGUUGGGUGCUUGCGGUGGAUGAUGUUGAUGUGCGGUGCGAUGCUGGUGAGAGAGGAUGUGGUGGUGUGGUUUAGCCAGCGGUUGUCUAUCACAGGUUUUCGUGGAGGCGCAUGUGGCCUCAUAGACGCACGCGGUGAAUAAAUGUGCGGGUACAAUGUGGACAGUGGAGGCGGAUGUGGCGAGUGUAGGUUGGUGCCCCAGACACUGGUUCGCCAGUCCCUGUGAGACGUAUUCGCAAGUGACCGACCACACCGAUGCGUGAGGCGAAGGUACGGGGACAGUGUAGACACGAGGAGUUGGUGGUGCCAGUAUCAGCUUCGAUGAUGGUAGUGGUGGUGGGCGCGUUGUGCGACGGGGCGUGGGUUGGGCUGAGCAUGAUGGGUGUGCAGGAUGUACUAAGUGUGAUGGGGCUGGUGGCGGUAGGCGCGCUGGGCGGCGGAGUGUGGGCGGGGCAAGGCAUGGUGCGUGUCCUAGGUGUGUCGAGACUGCGUUCAAUUCCGCUCUCAUGGAUACGCAUGUGGCCGAAUAGGCCCAUGUGGUGCAUGAAUAUGCGACGGCAGUGUGGACAGUGGAGGCGGAUGCGGUGGGUGUAGGUUGGUACUCCAUGCACUAAUUCGCCAGUCUCUGUACGAUGGAUUCGCAAGUGACCGACCAGGCCGAUGUUUGUGGUGAAAGUACGAUUGCAAUGUGGCUAGGUAUAGACCUGGUCCUCCUCACUGGUAUUGACGGUGGCGGUGUUUGCUGGUGUGUCAGGGUUGUGUGUAGUGUUGAUGGACAUGGCGGACGCCGCAGCGGUGGAGGAGGAGAAUGAGGAGAUGGGGGAGGAUUAGGAGGAGGAUCCUACCAUUUCCCUACCUUAGUGAGAUCGGCUACCUUUUGUCGUCCUAAUUUGGUGGAGGCGCUUCUGCAAGGCAUUCUUUGCGGACUCAUCGAAGGCACCUUUACACUCAAGUACGCCCUGUCGAUGUCGUUGAAAAAUGUUAGAGGACCUGUCGCAAAAUGAAAAUGUGGCCACAGUGCGUGCGAUCCGAUCUGAAUGAACUCCUAUACUCAACAGAGCGGAGACCUGAACCGUCCAUGCAAGCCACUCACUUCCAUCUCAACUUCCUUCGCGGAAUACUGAGGCUGAGAUAGCAGGACAAGGUCCCGGACAAAGAAGUUCUGGAACGAACCCGAAUUCUCAGCAUCCCCGCCACGCUGAGGCCACUGCAACUGCGAUGGAGCAGCCAUCUGGUGCGAAUGGACAACGUUCGCCUACCAAAACAACUCUUCCACGGAGAUAUCGCAACGGCGGGUCGCCGACCGGCAGGACAAAAACGACGCUACAAGGACAUUGAAGAAUUCUCUUAACCUAUUGCAGAUCAACCCAGAGACCUGGGAGGACCUCGCUCAGAGCCGACUGACCCCCGAGAAGAGAAGACUGGCGCAGCCAUCUACGAAGCCAAGGUCAACAGGUCUGCUCCUAAGUCUCAGGCACCUCCGAGUAGUAACAUCGCUACUCAAUCCCACCCAACUUGCCCGCAUUGCCAUCGAACAUUUCUCGCGCGGAUCGGUCACGCCAGUCAUCUUCGGACCCAAUGCACCAAUCACCUGACGACCGCACUUGCUGCCCCCAUGGCCGCGCCUGCUCCAACCUCCGCAUCCGUCACGUCAGCGCUCAUCCUCACUAACGUUGCUUAGAAUCUCUCUAUCAAACUGCCGUCGGUCAUUGCCGCCUCCAUUAUCUCUGUGACAACUACCACGGCAACGGCGGAGACAACCACCUCUAUCGCCACCACCUCCAACGACCAAAACGCUCCUGACGCCCCGACAACCAUCAAUACAUUCAUCAUCACCACCCCCACCUCCAGCGACGCGUGCUCGGUCCCGGCAUGUCUUCAUUGCGACCGCACAUUCACAUUCUUGAGGCUCGCGGCUCGGCACUUGGGAUACACGAAAUCUCGAUGAGUGUAACGCACCGUCAUUUUUACGAGGGAGUGUUUUGUUUCUGAUUUUAGGGAUUUUUUAAUACCUAUCUAACUCAUAAUCCGAACUUAAACUCGACUCUGUAGCAUCCUCACACCAAACGGAGUUCCUAGAACGUGAUUUGCAUCAGGAGCCGUUAUUUGCAUAUUUCAAUCAAAACGCGACUUUACAUUGAGCUAUCCUUUGAGAAUGCUAGCCGCAUUCUUUGCGUCUGAUUACUCAAUGUUUUUUUCGAUGCUGCAUGACAUCUGGAGGCACCCCACCUAGCACUUCCGGAUAGUUUUUUUACAAAUAUUUUAAGAUACCUUGAGAGGACUAACGUCACGGUAACCGACUGAACUGCAAGAGCAUGCGGCUAGACCCAUUGAUUCCAACUCGACUUGGAUAAUCGAGACUGGAAAACGAUGACUUGAGGCAACCACUCGUCAAGACUGCUCGCAAUUGCACAACUUCUUACCUCACUCGUAUCGUGUUAGUUGGUCGCCCUUCUUAUUCCAAAUGUACUUGUGUACUUCGGUUUCUGGAAGUACGGGAAGAAUCGCCUGCCUUGCUCAGUUGACUGUUGUUUUAAGACCCCCAAACCCCCCUUUCCAAUAGGAAGGUUGGUUAAAAAUGCACUUAGUAAAUAGGAUGCAGAAUCGGAGGCUUAAGCCGAAAAAACGAGUUCCCCUAUUCUUUCCCAACUUUCCCACCAGAAACCCAUUUUGGGUCGAUGAAUUUAACGGUCACAGCAUUACCUAAAGCUAGCCGCUGCUGACAAAUCCAACUCUUCCUGGACAACAUGGAAGAUAUAUUCAGGAGUUUAGAACACGCGGCUACUGUUUCCGUCUUACCCUUUCGAAACUAGCCUUAUUUGUAAAGGCAAUCUCAGGCCGGUAUGGCUGUGGCUGAAGUAGAUCAACUUCGGAAGUUAUGACGAACAAAACAGCCUUUGAGACCCUGUGGGCUGGUAUUUUUUCAUGAUGUAGGACAAACUUGACAGGUCCCUUUCAGGAGCGACCGCUGAUCAGGUUUCGGAAACUAUCAGUAGGCCCUCCUCGGCGGACCAUUUAUCCAUUGCUGUGGGGAUAGAUCCAGAAAGACGUAUUUUGCCAGCCCUAUAUGAAAGCUAGAAAUUGUUGACUCGGCCUUUUUAUAAUUGACCUACUACAGACACCCGACAAGGCAUAUGCAUCCUGAGGAUGUAACGUUGGGUCAUUUUAUCAUGCUGUUAUCAUGCUGAUAUAGUUAUUAUAAUGAACGCCUUUCCCAUUCCUCUCUCUGUCGCAGCUGGGUCGCUAUCCGGAGACCGUCUUUUCCGAAGUGGUCACUCGUUUCGAAAGGCCAAAUCCCUCUUCCCGUUGGGACACUCCCCUCUACGAGGUCUGCCUUUCCGAAGACCUUGAACAGGAGGAGGAGGCGGGCUGCGGUCAGAAUCUUAAAACCGUUAUUGAUCAGCUGACCGCCCGGAUUUUGAGUGAACUUUCAUCGGGCGCCAGAGUGCGUCCCAACCAGUCCACGGUUCCCGCACAGGCGGCUGACUCGAGCUAUCUGCAAGUAAUGCCUUAUGUCCUUUAAGCACUCGUGUUUCUCCUGAGGACGCGAGUGCUCGAGAGGUUAUCUUUGCAGUGGUUACAUGUUUUAAUGAUAGCGUCUAUCGGUUAAAUUGUCACGUGCAUUCAUGUGUUGAAAUCGGAUUUUGGCAUCUUUCUUGUGCCAAAGUCGUGCUAAUGAAUCCAUUUUCGUUUAUAACCACCUUUUUGCCACCUUAAGCCAGGUUGGCCAUGAGCCCUGAUGGUGCCAUAAGUUACACUGACAAUUACAAACUAUCUCAUGGUUCACUUGACCCAGUUGUAAAAAAUUCGGCUGCCUCGGUGGGGUUUGAACCCACGACAACAAAUGAAAGGCUCGUGCAUGCCACUUGUGUGAUGUAUGGGCUGAUGGUGUAAGGUCUGCGGCGUUUUACCGCAAGUUUUCAUGAAGGCUCAUAUGGCUGGAUAGGCCCAUGUGAUGAUCAAAUGUCUUUGGACAGUGUGGGCAAGUGAAUCAGGAGGGAUUAAGGGAGGGCGGAUUAAUGUCCUCUCAAGGUUGUCGCUGCAGAAGACAGUCUCGAUGAAUUCGCUCUAUGAAAGCCGCAUUAGGUUGAAUCGAAAACGAGAGUAACGAGCUGCUUAAACGAGUUUUUUUCUUCAAAGCUCUUAACGUUCAUUGACAUCUUUUUCGAUACGCAGAAAGGACAUGAAGAUUGUUGACAAUAUAUGUAGUAGGAAAAAAUUAUAUCCCUAUCGUAAUUUUGACCAAGGUUUGUUUUCCUCUUUUGUCUCGGACACUUAAUAAGGGAAAGUAGCACACAGUCUUACAUCCAGGGCGGCUUUACAGCUAAGGCUCUAGACGAUUUCUUAUGUUCACGAAAAAGGAGAUGAUGUCAUGUUACUUUAACAUCAAUGAUGUUUUUGCUCAGCAUUCAUUUUAGCACAUUCAAGAGAAAGAGACAGUGCUUGUGGCAAACCUGUGUAACACAAGUGUGCAUGAGGCAGGGGAACGUGGUACAACCAUUACCACAUACUCUUUGGUGAGAAGUAGACAGUGAAACGUCAUAACAUAUAUCGGUGUUGACAAAAAUUAUAGGCAAAAUGACUGUUGUGUGUGCUGAAGACACUUUGAUUGAUCGCGAUAUUUGGUGCGCCUCUUAUGGGCAUAUUGUCCUCAAUCACGUGCAUCUGCUUUUUCGGCAGAUUGUGGAUAAGGCCACAACUGAAGUGGUUUCGGCCAUUUUGGCAGCCCAAGCCAACGGCGCCGCCUUUGCAAGUCUGCCCCCGCAUCUAACGUCCCCAGACUCGGGAGAUGCACCGAACCUUGAUCUCACCGACGGUUUCGCGUGGACGGCGAGCACCCUCGCCAAGGCCAAACGCCAAUACCUCUCCUUUUUGCGUACAAAUGCCGCUCAGUUGACGUCAGCGACGAAGCGCACCACCCCGUUUGAGGCCGCUGUCUUAUUCAUGCACUUCCUCAACAGCGAAGCCCAACGCUCCACUUUUCUUGCCUAA